AUGCCUUCUGCUCUUAGUAAAGACAUUACUAGUGAAUCUGGAUACAGUCGAACCUCUAUAAUUGCACCCUCUAUAAUUGCACCCAUAUAUAAAUUCUCCCUAAAUGGAUGCCCUGGCAUG